AAUGAAAUGCACAAGCCAGGUGAAGUGGUCCUUGGUGGGCUGUUUGAGGUCCACUACACUUCUCUAUUUCCUGAAAUCACAUAUUCCUCAGAGCCAGAACAACCAACCUGUGAAGGCUUUGAUACUUUAGGUUUUAGGGAUGCCAUGACUAUGGCAUUUACUAUUGAAGAGAUCAACAAGAACCCAAAUCUGCUGCCAAAUGUGACCCUGGGAUACAGUCUUUAUGAUAACUGUGGUGCACUUGUUAUUGGGUUUAGAGGGGCCUUGUCUCUGGCCAGUGGUCAGGAAGAGAGGUUUUCACUUCAGGAGAACUGCUCAGGGGCUCCUCCAAUCCUUGCGAUUGUUGGUGAUUCCUAUUCAACAUUUUCAAUAGCUAUUGCCAAUGUGCUAGGUUUAUUCAAAAUACCAAUUGUAAGUUAUUUUGCCACAUGUUCAUGUCUGAGUGAUCGUCAGCAAUUUCCAUCCUUCUUCAGGACAAUCCCAAGCGAUGCUUUCCAGGUAAACGCUGUGAUUCAAAUUCUUAAACACUUUGGCUGGACAUGGGUGGGCCUGCUGGUUACCGACGAUGAUUAUGGAUUCUAUGUGGCCCAGGCUUUUCAAUCGGCCCUGUCAAAGAACGGUGGAGCUUGUCUGGCAUAUGUAGAGGUUUUGCCGUGGGAUAGCAAACCAGUUGAACUAAAAAGAAUUGUAACCUUGAUAAAGGUAUCAAAAGCUCGAGUCGUCAUCGUGUUUGCCCAUGAGAUUCAUACGUUUAGGCUAAUAGAAGAGGUAGUACAGCAAAAUGUCACAGGCCGACAAUGGAUUGCAAGUGAAGCGUGGGCAUCGGCAGCUGUGCUUCAGAUUCCUCGCUUCAUCCCUUAUCUUGGCGGCACACUUGGCAUUGCCAUCCGUAGAGGGGAAAUCCCAGGGCUCAGAGACUACCUCUUAAAAAUCCAUCCUGAUGAAAAUGACAACUAUGAAACUAAUCUGGUGAGACAGUUUUGGGAGCACACUUUUCAGUGUAAAUUCAAUCAAGCAGAUUUGGAAGAAGAUAGGAAACCUGUAUGCACUGGGGAUGAAGAUAUUGAACAAGUUGAGACUGAGCUUUUGGAUGUCUCCAACCUUAGACCUGAAUAUAAUGUUUACAAAGCAGUGUAUGCUUUGGCUUAUGCUCUUGAUGAAAUGCUGCAGUGUGAGCCAGGCAAAGGACCUUUUGUUGAACAGACCUGUGCUGCUCUGCAAAGUCUAGAACCGUGGCAGCUUUUGCACUAUUUACAGAAAGUCAAUUUCACCACCCCAUUUGGCGAUGAAGUGUCUUUUGAUGAAAAUGGUGAUGCCCUGCCUAUAUAUGAUGUAAUGAACUGGAUGUGGCUCCCUGAUGGAGGGACAGAAAUUCAGAAUGUAGGUGAAGUGAAGAAGUCUACCUUCAGAGGGGAAGAGCUCAUACUGUAUGAAAACAAAAUCUUCUGGAACUUUGAGUCAAAACAGCCACCCCAGUCGGUAUGCAGUGAAAACUGUCCUCCGGGUACACGAAUGGCGAGAAAAAAGGGGCAGCCUGUUUGCUGCUUUGACUGCGUUCCCUGUUCUGACGGAAAGAUCAGCAAUGAAUCCAAGGAUUUCUGGUCCAGCCCCCAGCGUGAUCAUUGUCUUCCUAAAGAAACAGAGUUUCUCUCCUAUCAGGAACCUCUUGGCAUCUGUUUAACAACCACCUCACUGCUGGGAACAUUCAUCUGUGCCGUUGUUUUGGGGAUCUUCAUCUAUCACCGUAGAACACCUGUAGUUCGAGCCAACAAUUCAGAGCUUAGCUUCCUGCUCCUAGUGUCACUGAAACUGUGCUUCCUGUGUUCGCUGCUGUUUAUUGGACAACCCAGGCUGUGGACAUGUCAGCUGAGACACGCAGCAUUUGGGAUCAGUUUUGUGCUUUGUGUCUCGUGCAUCCUGGUUAAAACCAUGGUGGUUCUGGCUGUUUUCAAGGCUUCUAAACCAGGAGGGGGAGCCAGUCUCAAGUGGUUUGGGCCAACACAGCAAAGAGGAACAGUCUUUGCUCUCACUUGCGUUCAGGCAGCGGUCUGCACUGUGUGGAUCGUCUCUGCUUCACCGAUGCCACAAAAAAACACACAAUACCACAAUGACAAAAUAGUUUAUGAGUGUGAUGUUGGUUCAGUAUUUGGAUUUGCUGUUCUACUUAGCUAUAUUGGCGUGCUAGCUUUCAUAAGCUUUAUGUUGGCAUUUUUAGCACGAAAUCUUCCAGACAACUUUAAUGAGGCCAAAUUCAUCACUUUCAGCAUGCUUAUCUUCUGUGCUGUGUGGGUGGCUUUUGUUCCUGCCUAUAUCAACUCUCCAGGAAAAUAUGCAGAUGCAGUGGAGGUGUUUGCCAUCCUGGCCUCUAGCUUUGGCCUUUUGGUGGCGCUGUUUGGGCCAAAAUGUUACAUAAUUCUGCUCAAACCAGAGAGAAAUACCAAAAAAGCUAUCAUGGGUCGUGCAACCACAAAAUCCUAAAGUCUUUUUUUUAAUCAAAAAUCUUUUAUGCCAAACAAUCAAAACUGUUGAAAUUAGACCGUGCAGUUGUUUUUCUUUUUAGGUAUUUG